GAGAAUCCAUUUAAAGAUGGCUUCCAAUCGAAUAAGGUGCUGCCGUGUGAUGUCAGUUUGAGACGACGUUUCGACGUUGUAGCUCGUAAAAAGUUCUUUACUGCUGUAGGAUCCAGCUAACAUCAACGUAUCUAAUUGAAAAAUCAAUUUCAUAAAGAAUGGAAUAAUUUUCAAUAACAAUAAUGAAUUGUCAUCAAAUAUUAAGCGGAGCUUGCAACGCAGGUGAUCGUUGCUACGCUGUCGGCUCUGUUGAAGGAAUUUCUUUCACUGCAUAUGCAGCGGGAUGCAACAUAGUAAUCUUAGCCAGUAACUUUGAAAGAGUUCAAAUAAUUCCAGGAGCUGUACAUAACUAUAUAAGAAUUAGUUGUUUGGACUGCAGUACUGAUACAGGAAAAAUAGCAGCAGCCUAUGAAAAUCAAGUCUGCAUUUUUGAGCCUACUCCCCUUAUCCACAGCACGUGCUCUCAUCAACUGGAGUAUCGAUGGGUUCAAACUGGUAGUCUGACCACAGAUUCAAAUAUUACCUCUUUGUCAUGGAACUUGGAAGGAACAAGAUUGUUAACUGGUGGAGAACUUUUACAGCUAUGGCAUCAAAAUAUAGUUCCUUUUCAAAAAGAACACACGACAAAGGAAAACACGUUACGAACACAAGAAGGUGUUGUAACUGGACGCGAAGAAAAUACUUCAAUUAUUCUUCCCGAAUCGAGUACUGUUACAUUCUCGAUCGGUGGAGAUGCCGAAAGUCCGGCACCUAGUGAUACAGCUACUGGAAAUGAACCAGGAGCGUGGAACUGUGUUUGGAAAUGUCGUACAGCUACACCAGUACAUCUUAUGAGUUUUAGUCCAGAUGGUACAUUAUUUGCAACAACAGGAUUUAACGAUAGAUUAGUCAAGAUAUGGUUUGAGAAUAAACAAUUAUUUACAACAAGAAAUAUCGAUCAUACAAAUGCGUCGCAGUCCAUGGGUAACGACAGUUAUAGCUUUGUCUACAUCGCUCAUCCUCGAGCGGUAACACAUUUAUCUUGGCGCAAAACUAGUAAACAUAUGCCUAAGGGAGCUGUCUCCAAUAUGUUGGUUACAUCCUGUAGGGAUAACAUCUGCAGAGUAUGGGCAGAAACAAUACCACCCGAAGUCGAAGGCUUAGCUAAUAUGAGUCAGUUUGAAGGUUCCGAUAGACAUGGUCAUCAUGGAAAACAUCGGCAUCAUAAUAUGCACAAGCAUCGAUUUAUGCAACGACUCAAGCACAUGAAAACAUGUUUCCAUAUUCGUCGACAUGCAAAACAGCAACAUCAGGCAGGACAUGCCACAGCUCCAACGUUACCAACAUUACCUUCCACAUAUUCGGUGCACGAUUUUCACAAUAAUUACCAAGGGACAGGCCAAUAUCCAGGAAUGCAUUUUCAUUUGGCAGCUAGUAUCAAUGCUGAAACGGAUAUACCAUUGGUACCAAGUUUGAUUACUGGAGAUCCUGAAAGAGAGCCAAAUUUUAUUCUCCACUGGUUAAAUAACAAGGAAAUGUACUUUACGAUGCAAGCGGAAAGUUUUUUGCAAGAGCUUGCUCGUAUAGUAGUGGAGAAAGAAGAAGGGUUGCACCAACAGGAUGCAGAACGUCCGGAGCACGAUUCCGAGGAAGAAGGCUUGAAAAAAGGAGUACGACUGCAACCUAUCCAAAAACCAGGAGGAGGCACAAUCCGGUCGACGAGCCAGGAGGAACAUAGUAGUGACGAACAUCAUACAACUCACACAGUUUCAUCGCAUCAUAGUUUACCACAUAGCGUACAUAGUAAUCUUUCUCACCAAAGCUUAAGCAACACUACAUCCAUUAAUUCCAUUGCAACGGAUGUAACAUCUUCGAUGAACCAUGCCCCGGAUUCUCUGGAUACCAAAAUAGAAACAUUGUUACGGGAUUGGCAUCACAAUCCGGAUUUAUUAUUUUCAAUUCAUCCAAUAGACGGAAGCUUUUUAAUAUGGCACAUUGAAUGGUUAGACGAGUAUCAUCCAGGCUCGUUCCGGCAAGCUCAGAUAUCAUUUUCAACGCGAAUACCUAACGCUUUUCCUCUUGGAGACGCUUCAACAAUGAGCCAUAGCGUGUCAUUGUAUUCUCACAAUACCGGAGGUCCAUUGUUGAAUAUAAGAGAAGUGGCAAAAUCAUCCACGAAAUCAUCUAAUGAAGCUACUGAGAUUGCAACACCGUUACCGAGUUUGAUCGAACAAGACGAAGAACAGUCUACGUUAACUUCGAAAGCAGGACAGGAAUUGUUAAAAAAUUUAGAGAACUCGUCCGAUCCAAAUCAGAAUGCUAACAAAGAUAAGAAUGGACAGUUGGAAAAUGGCAAAACAAAUCAGGAAACGUACAAUGAUUUAUUAACUCAUCCGAGUCCUAUAGUUUCCAUGGUGACGAAGCAUUCGAACGGAACUUUAAACUUAUGGCAAUUGACGUUUGCCGACAAAACUAAAUUUUCCCAAGUAUUAAGUAUUGGACAUGCCUCGAGAGCUUCGGGACAUCGUUUCCGAGUGAACGACAUCACCUGUCAUCCGGUGUUACCUUUACUGGUGACAACGUCGCAUCAUAACAUACCAGAAUCCGGAUCUCAAUGUAGGAACUCCGAUUCGAGCGAAACUAUUGAUAGCAAAUCAGAUCCUAACAAAAUGACGAAAGAGCUAUCCCCUACCGGAUUCUGCAGUGAAUUGAUACUUUGGCGCGUAGACACGGUCGGGCCUUUGUCGAAAAGCGGCGGUGUCUCUGAAUUAGCUCGUAUCAAUUCUCCUGAGAUCUCAGCGUUCAGUAACGUGGCAUGGAUUCCAACUUUGUUACCAAGUACCACCUUGGGUAAUUUAUCAAAUUCUCCAAGCGCAUGUUUCGUUGCUAGCGAUGGCGAGUGUUUAAGAGUUUAUCAGGCUGUUAUCGACGCUAGAACUUUGCUAGCUGAAGUAUCUAGCAGCGAAAGGCGAAGCAGAAUGAUGGACUCCAUGGCAAGUCUCUCAACAGAUAUAUCAUCGGACGAUGGAAUCAGACAUUCGAUUCACGAUAAAAUAAAGAUAGUAUCUCAACAAUCGACAGCAAGACCAGGUUGCGUGAUACAGUUGGAUGCUAUUUCCGACGCUACACACGACUGGCAGAAUACCCAAUUUUUGCACGUGUUCCAAGAACAAUUGAUCACCGGUGAUCGAAAUGAAGAGAAGCAAGCCGGUGUCGAUACAUCGAUAAAUGAUUUAGGUUUGAUGGAGUCUACUUUAGAUGCUAUGGUAGACUUGCAACAAUCGGCGAUUUUCGAAGAACCAUUCUACAUUGUUGUAUUAGAGAGAACGCAACAGGGUACAACGGUACAUAUGUGGCGUUUAGUUAUAGCCUCUCAGCCUGAAACUACCGGAUUAUCAGGUUCGAUGAUGUACGUUCCUGAUUCUCAUUUGGUACAAGACGAGGAAGAGGAAGGAACACCCUCGCGAUACCAUCAGGAAGGUAGAAGAUCUCGAAGACCGAGUCAGUCUCGUCGCGAGAGCCAGGGCGAAUCCGAUACGUUUUUCCAAAGACGAGCAAAUCAAAAUAGUCACGUUCUCAUUACGACCACGAAAGUAUGCACUCAGGAAUUACCAUUGCCGGACGGAGUUGAGGUAAUACACGCGGCACCAGCUGCUGGACAUUUGAGCAGCUCUUCCAUAUAUCCUGCUUGUUUCGCACCGUAUAUUAUAGUGACGGCGUGUAGCGACAGCACGAUACGCUUUUGGAAGUGUAAAGUGACGAAGGAUCCACCCGACGAUAAAUUACAGUACGAAUGGUGCGAAUGGGAAAUGAUACGAAAAGAUCAAGAAUCAACGAUCGAUAUUACAGGACAACCAUUAAACGUAAGCGCCGCGUAUAGCGGACGUAUUGCUUGCGCGUACAAGUAUGGUAAAUCAUUUACACGUCCUACCAAGAGCGACCCAGACUCACGAUACGUAAAUUUAUGCGUGGCCAUAUACGAAUGCGAAAGUACCGGUGGGAGCGAAUGGAUUUUGGAGGAUACUAUACAUUUAAAGAAUAUACAUUUACCGCGAAUACCCGUGGAUCAGCAUUUAGAUCUAAGCUAUCUGUACGAUAGUAGAUUUUUGCAAAAGAAACAAAGGCUAACUCAAGUAUUACAAACGCUUAGUCACGAGGAUGUAAGAUUACCGCGGAACGGAGAAAACGGAGAAAGUACAAAGUCUAAUGCAGGUUUACUGGCGGUUCCAUCAUUUAGCACUCUUCAGUCAUUACGGAAAUCAAUUAUAGAGAAUGGCAAUACUUGUCCACUCACGCAGAAACAUUUGGUUCAAUUGGAUUGGGUAUCGAAAGAAGAUGGUUCUCAUAUUUUGACUGUUGCCGUUGGAUCGAAAAUCAUGCUAUUCACGCCGGUAUGCUCUGAUCUUGCCCAGGCAAAUAUGAAAGCGAUGAAAGAAUCGCAGAGUAACAAUCGACCGAUAUUACGAAAAGCCUCGUCGUUGGCACAGCCACAGUUUGUCGACGAAAUUCGUUGGAUGAAAUUACGAAAAAUCGAGUUGACCACGGCGGACGGUUUGCCUCCUCUGCCCAUGCAGAUAUCCUGGGUGAGGGACGGUAUUUUGGUGGUUGGGAUGGAUUCGGAAAUGCACGUUUACUCGCAGUGGAAACCGAAUCCGAAAAAAGAGUGUUUCCAUUCGAACUUGCAACACCAGGAAUCAGACGAGUUUCAAGCUAGUCGAAACCUACGGGACGAGGAUUUGCGAACGUUGGCGAACGAGACGUCGCAAAGGCGACUGGCCAACGUAUCCUCGAUGCCUCAUCUGUCUCGAGUGAGCAGUAUCAAUUUAACGAUGCUCGAUGCGAAGAAGAAACGAGGAAUGCAAAGCGAGAACAUCAGUUUCGAUUACAUGCCGGAUUACGGUCUCUUCGAGGCUUCGAGGAUCGCUUGUCCCGUUCUUCCACAAUAUCAUCCAAAGCAGUUGAUGGAAUUAUUGAACUCCGGUAAAAUUCGAUGGGUAAAAGCGAUAUUGGCGCAUCUGGUCAGAUGCAUAGGAAGUUCUUGCUCGUUGAGAGCCGACGACGAGAGUCUGAUGAAACAACGAGGAGGUGCAUGGUCCCGUUCGAGAACAAUGUCUGUCAGUUACGUCGGUACAACGUCCCCUCUCGAAUCUAGAGGCUCGACCACUCAAAUACCCGAGGAAUUGAUGUUGGAUUAUGCAGAAAUAACCUCGAUAUCACCGUUACCUCUUUGGACUUUGUUAAUCGCGGACAAAGAAACGAAUUUACCGCAUCAGCAUAAAACCGAGGAUAAGCACGAUUACAACGAAUUGUUCGACAGCAAUUUAGACGAAGGCGAGUCGUUGGACGAUAUGCUGGAGGAAGAUUACGAUUGUUCGCGACAGAAAGACAGACGUUCUUCCGUGCCAGAGCGACAAGGUAUAUCGCAUUUCGGGCCGAGACAGGGUAGAUUACUGUCUCGAUUGCUAACGCAUACUCACCUGCCUGGACUCUCGAGUCUCGAUCAGAUGCAUUUACUCGCAUUGGCCGACACCGUGUCCACCUGUAACGUAGACUUUGCCGAAAGAUUUGCGAUCGAUGCCGCGAAGAACGCGAUCGCGAAGGAAAAUCUCACCGGCAUACCUGACGGAGAGACAAUCUCGACCGAUUCUUUGGACGAUUGCGGCCUUCGAUUUUUAUUAGCCAUGAAGCACUACAAUUAUCUGAUUCGAUGCCUCCCACUGGCUCAGAGAGCACACUUCCAGAAACAGGGUGUUUCCUCGAACAACCUGGUAUGGGCGUUUCAUUCCGAGACCGAGGAAGAACUGUUGGGUUUGAUACCCUCCUACGCGAAGGGCCAACCAAAGUGGAGCGUUUUGAAGGAGCUUGGUAUCGGUUGGUGGAUCCGAAGUAACACAGUGCUGAAGAGAUGCGUUGAAAAGAUUGCAAAGGCAGCUUACCAACAAAAGCAAGAACCUCUCGACGCUGCGCUUUAUUAUCUGGCUAUGAAAAAGAAGAAUCUCGUUUGGGGUCUAUUCCGAAAUAAGAGAGACGACAAGAUGACCAGUUUCUUCGCGAACAAUUUCACGGAGGUUCGUUGGCGGAAAGCAGCUUUAACGAAUGCGUUCGCUCUCCUCGGGAAACAGAGAUUCGAACAUGCCGCGGCAUUCUUCUUACUGGCCGGAGCCCUUCGGGACGCUAUCGAGGUGUGUUUGGACAAAUUAAACGACAUACAGCUGGCGAUGGUAAUCGCUAGACUCUACGAAGACGAUACCACAUCGCCGAACAUGAGACGUUUACUCUAUGAAGAGAUAUUAGGAUACGACAAGGAUGGCCAGUGUCAAGAUAUGAACAAAGCUCAUCCGGAUCCGUUCUUGCGCAGCAUGGCUCUUUGGAUUCUUAAAGAUUACGCUGGAUCACUGAACACAUUGCUGUUAACGAACGUUGGAACUUUGCAUCCGCAAUACAACGACGAAUCUGAUAAACCUGAAGGGACGACAGUUUCAGCUAAUCCGAACGUGUUCAAUUUUUACGUGUACCUUCGUACGCAUCCGUUGCUAAUCAGGCAGUACAUCGCGUCCACCGCUCAAGAUAAGAAAAAGGGUCAUUCGGUGGUUAUAUCUGGCUUCAGUUACGGUACAGAUACCAAGACUCAGCCCGACAAACAAUUAAUGUUGGAAGAUAGUAUUACGCCGUUAGAAAGACAAUUGUACUUCACGACAGCGCACGCACAUUUCAAAGCCGGAUGUCCGGCACUUGCUCUCGAAGUUCUCUCAAAGCUACCCAGCAAAGUGAUGGACACGAAUUGCGAAGAUUCACCCAGUUUGCUAAACAGUCCAAGUAAAGCGAGGACGCAAGACUUCCAAAUAGACACUGGUAUCAUUACUUGGAACGAGGACCAUUCGAAGCAAACCAGUAACGACACAGGUGCCGCGGUCCUUGACUGGUCUGAACCUGUGACGAAACAGACCGAGGAUGAAUUGGUGUUGAACUGGGAGGACGACGAGGCCGAACAGGGCGACAGUGAUAGCCCACCUUUAAGUAUGAAACUGGAUAAAAAGGAAACCGAUGACAAUCUCGCAGAUGCAGAAAAAGACGAGAAAGCGAAAGCAGCGGGUCAACUAGAUAUUAUGGCGCAACAAUUAAAAUUUGUGGCUUGUUUAAAAAUUUUAAUGGAAGAAUUGUCAACAUUGGCAACGGGUUUCGAAGUGGACGGAGGACAACUUCGAUAUCAGUUGUAUGUGUGGUUGGAAAGAGAGGUUGAAGCUCUUAGGCAGCUUUGCAGUUACAGUGUCAAUGCGGAUGGAGACGCAAACAACGCACCGGAAUACGAGGGUGGUAUGGUGGACGAUGUGCAAUCGUACAGGCCUGGCGAACAGCCAACGUUACACGAGAUACUAGUGGCUGACAAGUUGGACUUCGAAGCUAAAGUGCAGCGAGCUGUCAAAAGAAAGAAGUGGCUGAAAGCAAAUGAAACGUUACUGAGAACGUUAUUAUCCUACUGCUCGUUACACGGAGCGUCCGGUGGCGGUUUAGCAUCGGUAAGAAUGGAACUGGUUCUUCUGUUGCAAGAAUUGCAGCAGGAGAAAACGCAACAACAAUUACUUAGUCCUCUUCCGUUCCCAACUACGCUUCCUCUGCUAAGCGCCAGCGUUGCGUGUAAUAAAACCGUUGUAGCGGAUCCAGUUAGGCAUUUGCAGUCUCUCGCUCACGACAUGCUGCAGACAUUGGUGGAAUUGCGUAAUCCACCAAUGCCGACGAGAAACACGCAUUAUUGUGAAGUAUUUAUAAUGAGGGAUUUAGCGGUAGCUCUAAGUGCUUGCAUCUAUCAGUCGCUUUGCGAUUCCGAUACUUUCGUUAUGAAGCAUCAUCAACCAGACAGUUUCCCAGCUGUUGCCGAGAUAGAAACAUUUUCCGGUGGACACUUGGUAGCCUCGAAUCGUCAUCAUCGAAGAUUCUCGACGGACGAUGGCGUGUGCAUUACCACGACACCUUCGAAAUGGCCAGGCGUGACCAAUUUGCGUGCACUGUUAGCCCGGGAGAAGGACGAGGACACGCCGAAAUUGAACGUUCUUCUAUGCGAAGCAUUCGUGGCUACUUAUAUGAGCUUGUUCGUGUACGCCAUGUGGAGUUGCGACAGUCACAUUCUAUAUAGACUGGUGGGUCAGCAUUUCGAUAACAGUACAUGGUCCUGUCUUUUUGGAGGUGGAGUGAAAAAAUUGUUACGUGUUGCGAGCACGAGCAGUCAGGCGAGUGGAUCAGGAACGACGGAGAAAGUAACGAGCGGUAGUAUCGACGCCGGUUCGAGCGAAAUACAAACCGCCGCCGGUGCCAUGUGGAACACCAUGGCUUCGUUGACGAAGCAACGGGUUAAAUUGAACAUGAAACUGUUGGGUCCGUUCACCGGUCAACAACCAAAUAUGAAAGAAGACAAACCAACGUAUAGAGAACAAUUCGUUUCACCUCAGAUGAGCAUGAUAUCGUAUUUCUUGAUGAAGCCACAGAUAGAUAGCGAGUACGCGGACGAGAUCGAUUACGAUUCGUCCGACUCUGCUGUUUCGGAUUUAGACUCAUCCGAGGAGGAGGAAGACGUAUUCGAUACCAAUUCAAAACCAAAGACUAGAAUAAAGGAUAACACGGAGCAUUCGAAUCCGAAUUCGUACAGUUGGUGCGUGAUGAGGCUAGCUAUAGCGAGAAUAUUGCAACAGCAACUUCAAGAUUUCUUAAACGUAGCCGGGAUCGAGAUGCAAGAGUUACCUGUAAAUAGUCCUCUAAUUCAUGGAACGCUGGCUGUGGUGGCGCAGUGGCAAGAAACGUUACGCGAGGAAUUAGACAGCAAGGGACCACCGCUGGUUAAUUACAUUCCUGGUUGUGCACCGGAUCCAACGCCUACACCGGGCAAACCAGCGAUUCACAAAUAUCGUUCGUUACUUGAAAAGGGGAAUACACCGUUCAAUACGCGUUUAGCAUCAGCGGCCCCUGCUAAUCGAUUAUGGUGCUAUUUAGUUAGACAAGAAUCGGUGCAAGACAUCUUUAUUCGCGCUGUAUUCGGCAAGCGUAGAUGUUUGUCGUCGAUUUUAGAAAAUAAUCAAAAUACGAUCGACAAUUUGAAUCGAGGAACAGCCGAAGAUAAGGGUAGCGACAGUGGAACCACCAGUUUGCCCGAACCUGUUCGAAUUAUUCACAAGGAACAAGAUAGCAUCAGUGCCUUUUGCCUAAAUCAGGUCAGUCAAGGUUUAAUGGCUUUGGCGACCCCCCGAGAAGUACAAGAAAUGAAUAUAUCCUUGUUACUCGAGCUUCCAUCCUGGUUAGAAGACGAAUGCGAGUUCGACAUCAUCAAUUUGAACAAACAACCAGAGCCUGAACCGGUACAACCAACUAGCUUUUUGGUUAUCCAGACAGCGGCAGAUCGACCAUUACUAGCUCAGAGCCCACAACCGAACAGUCCGCAACCUCAAUCGGGUAUCGCAAGUCAAAGUGGAAGAGGAGCUAGCGUGAUGAAGGGGAUGCCCGCUUUUCCUGGCUCCCACGACCUACGUUUCUGUCAGUUUGUUGCCGAUAGGAGCAAACACUUGUUGCAACCGAUCCUGAAGCAUAAAAUCGACGGCAUAAGAAGAAUCUCGUCGCAUCCGCUUCUACCGUUAUAUCUGACCGGUUCUCAGGAUGGUUCGGUAUCGCUUUGGGAAUGGGGACAUCAGACGGCUGUAGCAACACCUAGACCACCAGGCACGUUCGCCAAGGUAACCCGCGUACGUUUCUCACAGCACGGAAACAAAUUCGGCGUGGCCGAUUCCGAUGGGCAUCUCAGUCUAUUUCAAGUAGCUUGCAGAGAAGGGUCAGCUCGACCAUUCUUCAAUUAUCAGUGUCAUAGCAAGGUGACGGCUGAUUUUGUCUUCCUCGGUGCGUGCAGCUUAAUAGCGACAGCCGGACAUGGUUCCGAAGGACGUAAUGUUGCUCUUUGGGAUACUUUGCUUCCUCAAAAUAAAUCAUUAAUUCAAGGUUUCACAUGCCACGACCAAGGUGCCAGUUCAUUAAUACUCGCGCCUCAACACCAGCUUCUAAUCAGCGGAGGAAAGAAAGGGGACAUUAAUAUCUUCGAUGUUAGACAACGGCAACAACGGCAUCGUUUCCAGGCUCACGAAUCGGCUAUCAAAUGUUUGGCCCUCGAUCCGCACGAGGAAUUCUUUGUCAGCGGUGCAGGAGAUGGCGACAUCAAGAUCUGGGGUUUGACCGUCCAUUCUCUGCUGUAUUCAUUUCCCGCUGAACAUCCACGGUCUAGUUUCUUCAAAAAUAUUGGACAAAAUGUUUUUCAGGGUGUGACGCAGUUGCACGUCGAUUCAGCUGGACGUUUAUUUUCUUGCGGUGCAGAUGGAUCUAUGAAAGUUCGUCAACUACCGGAGCGCGAUUGCGUUGUACACACUUUGUACUAGAAUAGUCCAAAUAUGUCUAACCUGCUAGCGAAAUAUUUCAAAACAAUGCAUUCGUUCAACCAGGAUACGAUAAACUGUUAAACAACGCGCUUCUAUGCAUACGGAUUCGUACUCUUCUCGUUACCUCUUUCCUCCACGAGAUUUCUAUACCAAUUCUCUUCUUCCUUGUUCGAUUAUAGUUACGUAUAAACAAAUCUUUAGUUAGGUAACGAUUCUAAGGUAAUCCCGUUCUUUUCACUUCUUUUUCUUCCUUAUCGGUAGCGAUUGCAGCCGAGAAAAAGAGACGGGAGCGAGGAUUUGUUAAAUUAUCACGGAUAUCGAAAAAAAAUCUUUCAAACCCUUUAUUUCUCCUAAAAUUCUAUCCCCCCUUUCCUCGUAUCGUCGGCUCUAACUUUAAUGAAAUAUUAUUUUUAGUUGCGUUACAUCACAUUUCUUCGUUGAUUGAAUUUUGAUCAAAUGGCGUUUACCCGUUUCCAAAUAUUUAAGUAUUUUUCGUUUCCUAACUGCUUCAACACCAUACUAAUUAUUGUUGUUGAUGUUGUUGUUGUUAUUGUUUUUGUUUCAAUAACUUUAAUUUGUUGUUAAAUGUACAUUUCUAUAUUAUGAACACGUGUCGGGUUCAUUGAAUUGUUAAUAGUAAUUAUUUAAUACAUAUGUAAUAGUACGUUAUCCUGCUUGUAUGAUCGCAAUUUAAUAUUAUGCAAUUAACUUCUUAUUAGAAGAGCGCAACCACAGUCGUAUUUAUUUACUUCGUGACGAAAUGUAUUUUCAAGAAUGUUUAUCGUGUAAAGAACUAUUUAAAACAAAUGAUAAAUUAUAUUCAUUAUUCUGUAAGUAUGUAUAUUGACGCAAUGGAAAUACAGUUGAAAUCGAACAGCUUUAUUUUAAGUCGAACCAUAUAAAUUGUAUGAUAGAAAAGCUUGAUGUUUUGAAAGAAUAAGAAAGUGACUAAGAGAGGAGAAAUGGAAAACUAUGUUUUCUGUACAUGUAGCUAAGUGUGUAUACGUCGCAGAUUAUUCAAACGAAAUAUAAUUUCGUUGAAACAACA